AUGAGAAGCUGCAAAGUGUCGUUGCUGCUCUGGUGUGCUCUCGCACUACAGUUAGCCGCUCAGUUUGCUUUUGGCGGUUCGUUGAUCCCUUCCACCGAAGAGCUGCUCCGAAGAGAAUUGGGUGGCCAACUCAUUCCGAAACUUCCAAUAUGCCUUGCUCCGGAAGUGACGUCGCCCUUGACUGGCAGCAAUCCCAAGUCGGCGGUCACGACGGUGCAGACAGGUAACAACUGCGGUGCUCAUGGCGAUCCUCCUGCACGCGUGCUGUCCAAUCUAGAAUCGCCCAACGGACUGCAAGACUACGUACAGAUCUGCCACGGACAAAUCUUGAGCAUGACCGACAAAGCUGGACUGAAGCGAGCCGUGUGCUUCUAUGCCAAUCCAAAAUCAACCAAGCGCAAGCCCCUUCCUCUGCUCGUGUAUCUGCACCCUUCGCUGUUUGGAGCGACGACCACGUUCCCGCUGACUGGUUACGACUUGGUACGCGACACGCAGUCGCUCAACAACGAAGAUCCUAGCCGCCUCGGAUUCUCCUACAUCCUGCCUGCUGGUAGAAAUACGGUGCACCAGUAUCCGUUCCCGGACCAAGUUGGUUUGGGCUGGGACAAUUGGUACAGAAACUCGGACCGCUCUUCACCUGAACUCAACAUCGACGUUGAUUUUAUUGACAAAUCGAUCGCGUACGCCAAAAGCAACGUACCUGUCGAUCCGCGCCGAGUGUUUCUGACGGGAUGGUCGAAUGGUGCUGCCAUGGCUGAAUUGUACGCUGCUCAGACGGACGGGAUCGCUUCCGCAGCUGUCUACUCUGCUCCGGACCCGUACCGCGACUCGCAGGACCCGUGCACGCAGGUGCCAUACCCAAAGUUUGCCACUCCGGUUCGCGAUGUGCACAACUACUGCGACUUUUUCGGCAUUUGCACGACAGGCAAGUACUAUCAUGACGAUCUCAAGAAGCGAUAUCCGUCAUUGAAACAGAGUAUGGUCGUGAUCGAUGUGCUGACGGCGGCGGUCAAGAGCAAGGAUGCGAAUGCCCAAUGUGACCCAGCGUGUCAGAGUGCGUGCAUUGUGACCACCGGCACACUGGCUCACCUUCGUUGGCCAGUCACGCGCAACAGUGACACUUUCUUUUCAUUCUUGCGUGCCAAUCCCCUACCUGCCUCGGGUACGUGGGGCGCACCCCGAUAG